GAGAUUUGUUUAAAUACUACAGUUUAUGUAAAGCUCAAAGCGGAUUUUGAGUAAUUUUGUCCCUACAGGCUGGCCGUAGUGCAUAGUGGCAUGUGGACCGUGCUUCCCGUUGGUGAGAUACCAAAACAGUGGCGUAAAUCAUUUAUUAUCUCGGUUCAAGAGCGGAAAAAAACCUAAAAUCUGAUAGGGGAUAAGCAGCUGCUCCAUCUGCAUUCCUGAAUGGGAUUUCAGAGUGCCAUUCAGCUUGCCGCGAGGACUGCCAGAUGCCGUCUGUGCCAACCCCCUACAUCAAAGUCAUGGUUCUCCACCAAAUCCGCCCCCCUGGGGGGCAGAAACAUCCUGCUGAUGGGCCCGCCUGGAGCAGGGAAGACGACGGUUGGGAAGAUUGUGGCACAUAAACUGGGCCUGCCCGUCGUAGAUGUCGAUGACGAUGUCUUGGAAAGAACGUGGAAGAUGCCAGUUGCAGCCAAGCUGGCGGAGGUGGGCGGAAGGCGUUUCCUGGAGGAGGAAGGCCAAACCUUGUGCAACUUCUCUGCCUCUGGGUGCGUCAUUUCCCUGACCGGCUCAAAUCCCCUUCACGCUGACGCCAUGGAGCACAUGAAGCAGAACGGGCUCGUCGUUUACCUGGACGUGGACAGUAACGACAUCGUAGAGAGACUCGGCAGAAUGAAGGUUAACCGGAUAGUGGGCCAAGAAGAGGGGGUGUCCAUGAGAGACAUUUUGCUCUACAGGAAAAAGUUUUACGAGAAGUGGCUGGACUUGAGGGUGUUUUGUGGAACAGGCGACACGGUGGAGGAAGUAGUAGAGAAGGUGUUGAGGGCUGUGGAGAGGUAUCAGGCUCAUGAUGAGGAGACCUAUGUUUCAACCAGGUGUGGCAGUGCAGAAAUAUCCAGCAGAAACACGUACUUCAGCGAUGUGGUUAUAGAGGGCCUAGCUGCAGAUGGAGGUCUUUAUGUUCCCAAGAAAGGCUUUCCAAAGAUUCCUAAACGGGAAUGGCUCAGACUAAUUUCCAUGUCAUAUCCAGAGAGAGCUACUGUGCUGCUAGAAAAGUGCAUCCACCCACACGAUGUGGCUGCUUUAGACCUCAGGAACAUGGUGUUUAAAGCAUACGGAAACAAUUUUUCCAGUGAGAGAGUUGCACCUGUGAAACACCUUGUCCACAAUCAGUACGUCCAGGAGCUUUUCCAUGGCCCAACCGCCUCAUUCAAAGACCUGGCCUUGCAGCUGAUGCCUCAACUCUUUGCCCAUUGCCUCCAGCCAAUGUGCAACUUCCUCAUCCUGGUCGCCACAUCUGGGGACACAGGCAGCGCCGUCCUCAGCGGCUUCAGCCGACUGAGUGGCACCGACAGACGCAGAACAGGGGUGUUGGUGUUCUUCCCCGAGGAUGGGGUGAGUCAGAUCCAGAAGCUGCAGAUGACAAGUUUUAGGGAAGGGAAUGCCCGAGCAGUUAGCGUCCUGUCAGACUUUGAUUUCUGUCAGAAGAGCAUCAAGAGGAUGUUCGGAGAGACGGGGCUGACCGGACAUCUCGCUGUGGAGUACGGCACCGUCCUCAGCACCGCCAACUCCAUCAACUGGGCCCGGCUAUUACCUCAGGUCGUUUACCAUUCGUCUAGCUAUUUGGAUCUGUGCAGAGAUGGCGUGAUUAAGUUUGGCGAGCCUGUGGAUGUCUGUAUCCCUACCGGGAACUUUGGUAAUGCCAUGUCAGCUUUGUACGCCCAGCAAAUGGGCAUCCCCAUAAGAAAAGUCAUCUGUGCGUCUAACCACAACCGAAUCGUGGCAGACUUCAUCACGACAGGCCAGUAUGAUAUCCAAAGCCGCCCUCUGCUGCUCUCCCACUCCCCUGCGAUAGAUAUCCUGACGUCCUCCAACCUGGAAAGGUUUAUCCACCACGUCUCAGGCAGAAACAGCAGCCUGGUCAAGGACCUGUUCUCACGCUUGGACAUGCAGAAACACUUCCAGCUUCCUGAGCAUCUCCUUGGCAAGAUGCAGCAGCAAGUGCAGGCUGGCUGGUGUUCUGAGGACGAUUGCUUGGCCGCCAUCCAGGAAGUCCACACACAAUCGGGAUACCUCAUGGAUCCGCACACUGCCGUGGCGAAAGUUGUGGCGGAUCGGCUGCAGGAUGACUCAUGCCCCACGGUGCUCUGCUCCACCGCGCACUACGGGAAAUUUGCCCCCGCGGUGUUCAAAGCUCUGCAGAUCCAAAAUGUUCCCCAGGAUCCCAUGGAGCAGCUGAAGGAGUUGGAAGCGGCUGCGUCCGGACCAGAACCACACAGAGAGAUGAUGAAAUGCACGAGGGAGAGAGACAGGAGGGUACACAGAGUUUGUCAGGCGGAUUACGGCGUGCUGGUGGAGGAGGUGGAGAGCAUGAUACAAGACUCAUUCUUGAAAGUCACAUAGAAUAUGAUUUUUCUUCAAGGUUUCCCUUUAAUUUAGCACUAGUUUAAAUCAUAAUUUAUAAAGAGAGUGCUGUGGCUUUGUCGUGUCUUUAAACUAUGUACUACAGUAACAAUUCAAUAAAUUAGAAUGUCUUUGAAAAGACAAUUUAUUUAAUUGAUUAAAAUUAAUCAAAAUCUAGCCAGA